AUGGCUGACAAUUCAGCGGAUAUGAUUCUUUUUCAAGAACUGGAAAGGAAACGCCUGGCGAUUGUUAACGAAAUUAACACUUAUACAGCUGUUUUAGAGGGGAACCGAAAUGUCGGUAUGCAUGGUCCUCUGUUAGACUCAGAGGGAUUUCCACGCAGUGACAUCGACGUGGUCGCUGUGAGAACCGCGCGCAAUCGAAUUAUUUGCCUCUUUCCCUCCGCUGUUGAAAGCCUCAACACAGACCACAAUGAAGUGAUGAAACAGUUGGAGGCAGUUUCGGCACGUCUGCUCUCCAAGACGCAAGCGGGUGUGGAAGGGAUGAAUACUGAUUUUACCGCCACUGUGCCUUCCAGUGAACCACCGUCCCGCUCCGUGCCCUUCCUGCUGGUCGAUCAGGUGACUCCUGGCUCCCCUGCCGACCUGGCGGGCAUAUGUGUUGACGAUCGGGUGACCCGCUUUGGCUCAAUCCUAGCCUCCAACUUUACCGGCCUUCAGGCUAUCGCAGCAGUGGUCAAAUCUACCAAACCCAAGGUAGUCACACCUGACUUUCCCGCCUCUUCCUGUCUUGAUCCUCCAGUCUCCGCACUCGCUGUGUCGGAAUUCAACAAGUCGGCCCUAAACACCAGCGAGCGCGACCUCGUCGUCCUAGCUGGCCAUGUGCUGCAUCGACCAAUCGGAGGCGGACUCAAGUUCCAUUGGCCGGUGUGUGCGUGCGCCACGUGUCGCAAACCCGAGGGCAUGAACAUUCCCGAGGAUAGGGUUGCGCUGGAUUGCUGGAGGCACUGCAAUGGAGAGAUGCUUUCUAUGCCUUUUUUGGGCAUGAAACCCCAUAAUCUGUCCCGGACUCCGGAAGUACAAAUGACGGGACAUUUUUAUGGGCUGGAGAAGUGCCAAAAAUGGCGCUUAGAGGCGCCCUCUGCGCGCCGUCUCGAUGAGUCGGAGGUAUUAACAACUCCACGCAUCUCCACAAGAGACUAUUACAGCGCUUUGACUGUCAGUGCACCAGGCAACCCAACAGAGGCAUGUCUUCCUGCUGUUUCCUGUGGCUUAUCUCCCAGUACUGCACACUGGGGUAGCCGUUAA